AGGUGAGCGAGGUGUGCCCGGGGAAAAGUCGACGAUCUCCUGCAGUCGUUUAGAGUAAGACUCAAGCAAGCGUCCAAAGUUUCAGUCAACAAAAGUAAUUGCGCGCUGAGAGACGGUUGGCUUUCACCGCUGUUCAGCUGUUCCUCCGAGAGGCGAGCUGGGGCUUCUCUACAGCGGCCCGCCGGGCCAAAGACUGUGGUCCGGUGGCGGGCGAUGACACACAUGCCAAUGCUGUUCCACCUGCGUCAGCUCUCAUUGCACGGAAAUACCAUCUCGGAGAAAGCCGACGGGACCCACAUGGGUGGCCAGGGAAGUGUAUACCCCUUUCGUACACCUCCAUCACAAUGCCUGCUAAUUAAGCGGCACUAUCAAUCCAGGUUUUCUGCGGCUGCUGCGGACAAGCGGUCAGUAGCUAAUGAGGCUUCAGCCUAAAGUCAGUCGGAAUGCAAUAACACGUUGAGUUAAGUCUGAGUGUAUAGGCCGAGGUUAUUUACUUACAAUAGCUGAAAAUACUAUUUAUAUUAGGUCUACCUUGUUUUAUCAUUGGACAUUGUGUAAAAUUGCAGUCAAUACCACAACACAAAGAUGUUCAGUUAUGAAUACCCUAUAGGAUAUUAUUUUGUACAAACUAUAAGUCAACAUAAAUACAGGACGAAACAGUUUGCUAUUUUGUCAAUCAUAACUGUGUCCCAUGCUACAUUAACACGUGCCUUGAAUGGCAUUGAAAUUCACGAAAUGAAUUACAGUACCUUGAAAUUCUCUUUCUCUUAAUAAUUUAUUUUUGACACAAACUUUUCUCUAAACUGCAAUGAGUGCUACCUUGUCUAAACCCCACUCUAACACAUGUUAUUUUUUAAACGUGUGUGAACAGGAAAAUGUAUUUGAUCAUGUGAAGUGGGUAGACGAGAGGUUCCUCACCACGCAGCUGUAAACCAACAGAGGCGGAACUCGUCCAACGCGCACAAAUCACAGAGCAGUACGUCGCACGACGCACUGGAGUGCCACCGCCACUAGUAGGCCUACCGUCUGCCUGUGGAAAAAAAGCGAAAAGGGCUGGGCUUAGAGAGGAAUCAAACCACAACCUGGGCUGCGCCUCCAUCACAAACCAGUUUGGAAGAACGUUUGUUCUAGAGGAGAGUCUAGUGCCUAACAAGUCACCAACUGUGGCUCAAAACACGGAUUUCUCUGCGCGCUCAACGUUAAGGAGGCAGCCUCAGAGUUUUGUUUUGAAGUCCAUCUUGAGGUGCUACGGCUAAUAUAAUUUUCUGCAAGUGUAGUUAAUCGCGUUUGUUGUUCUGUAUUUGUUUUGUUUUGGUGUGCGCAAUGAUGGCCACUUACCAAAACCCAGAGGAUGACGCAAUGGCCCUGAUGGUCCACGACACCAACAUGGCGAAGGAUAAGGAGCGACCCAAAGAGGAACCGGUCCAGGAAAAAGUUUCGGAGAAAACGGACCCGUCUCAAAAACCACCGUAUUCGUAUGUGGCUCUCAUUGCCAUGGCCAUCCGGGAGAGCACUGAGAAGCGCCUCACUUUGUCUGGUAUUUACCAGUAUAUCAUAACCAAAUUCCCUUUCUACGAGAAAAACAAGAAAGGCUGGCAAAACAGUAUCCGGCACAACUUGAGUCUGAAUGAAUGCUUCAUCAAGGUUCCUCGCGAGGGAGGCGGCGAGAGAAAGGGGAAUUACUGGACCCUUGACCCGGCGUGCGAGGACAUGUUCGAGAAGGGAAACUACAGAAGGAGACGUAGAAUGAAACGUCCCUUCAGACCUCCACCGACCCAUUUCCAGCCCGGGAAAUCCCUCUUCGGCGGUGAUGGGUACGGCUACCUGUCCCCUCCGAAGUACCUGCAAUCCAGCUUCAUGAACAACUCGUGGUCGCUGGGCCAGCCGCCCACCCCGAUGUCCUACACCUCCUGUCAGAUGGCCAGUGGCAACGUGAGUCCCGUCAAUGUGAAAGGACUGUCCGCUCCCUCCUCAUACAACCCGUACUCCCGGGUGCAAAGCAUGGGUCUCCCCAGCAUGGUGAACUCUUAUAAUGGCAUGAGCCAUCACCACCACCCGCACGCUCACCAUGCCCAGCAGCUGAGCCCCGCCACCGUUGCGCCACCCCCGGUAUCCUCCAGCAACGGAGCGGGCCUGCAGUUCGCCUGCUCCCGCCAGCCUACCGAGCUCUCCAUGAUGCACUGUUCGUAUUGGGAUCACGAGAGCAAACACUCUGCGUUACACACGAGGAUUGACAUUUAGAGUUUACGAGAGGGCCACUUGUAAAAUGGACCCUCGUGAGAGAAAGACAAUAAGUCUAUUCCUGUAUAUUCAAACCAGAAAAAAAGUAUUUUUGAAGAGACAAUACUAUGACGGGCUCUUUUGAUCCAAAUAAUGUACUGAAAAUUCAUAUGGAAAGAUAUACAAGUGGGGAUGCUGAGAGGAUUUUCAAAAACUGGAAAUGGUGAUAUUAAGAGGUCUCGACUAGGCACGAGGUAAAGCAGAACUUUUGGGGGCCAUUUCGUGCUCCCACUGUUGCCUUGGACUGAAGGCAACAGUGUGUUAUAAACACUGUAGUAUGUUAGAAACAUUUGUAAAAUCAGACCAGUUCCCUAUUCAUGGGGAUACAAAUUCAAAAUACAAUUAAUUGAAAACAAAAUACACAAAACCCUCCCCCUGUCUUGGAAUUCAAAACAUCACCUGAAUGAGUGAUACUUUAAUUAGAACUACGUAUUCGAACCAGUAUCGUGAACUGAGCCAACUCCAGCAAGAUCAGGUGAAAAUUGGAUUAUUUAGCCUGUCUUUAUUUUUUUAUAUAUUUUUUUCCGUUUCACAGUACUUCAUCCGAGUGCAGGUGGAAAUAGAGAGAGAGAGUACCGUCAGAAGGAGCAAUACCAAAGAUGUGUUUGUUACUUCUGGGGUCAUUGACUUUGUAGGCUUCGUGACCUCUGAUAGAGAUGGUUUAGUUUCCGAUAACAUUCAGUCCAGUGGCAGAUUUUUUUUUAACCUUUCUUGUUUUUUAUAAACGUAAUUAUUUUUGUCUCAUUCAUGCUGGGACCAUGUUAAAUUAGCACUUUUCCCUCUUUUUCUAGUUUUGUGAAUGUCUUAAUAAACUUUUUUUCAAAGUAAAA